UAUAUGAAUGCAAAUGAUGCAUAUUUGCGAUUGUCUAUUGGGAAUGCACCCUGGCCCAUUGGUGUUACUAUGGUUGGUAUUCACGAACGUUCCGCACGUGAAAAGAUUUUUUCAGCACAAGUUGCACAUGUGCUUAACGAUGAAACAACGC